CGGAAGCUCAACCUGCUAACUCCUCUUCUGCCUGCAGUGGUGCAUGUGAAAUGCAUGACACAGCACUCCCUUGAAAAAGUCGCAACAUCGGUGCGCUGCAGGGGGAUCGAGCUCCCGAACACACCCUGCUGCAUCCCGCAGAGCAUCCGCACUCAUAGCAGGCUCGGUGGUCCAUUAAAGCUACUUGUACUCAGUGUAUACUGGGAAAAAGACGAGAAGCUUCUGUAGCACAGCUCAGCAGCAGGAUGGCGCAUGAUGACAAAGAUCCGAUGCCUCCAGCAGGGACCCUCUCUGCAGGACAGCUGCAAUCCCUCCUCAAGAUGGAACCCAAGACUCUGGGGGCAAUCCAGAUUGUUAUUGGGGUUUUGAUUCUUUGUCUGAGCGCCUCCGUGCUCCAGAUUCACGAAGUCCACUUUACAGGAGAUGUGGCUCUCUUCCUGAUCGUUGUCAUUCAGGUGACCUUGUCUGGUUCAGUGCUGGUCCACAGUGGGAGGAGACCUACUCUGUUUUGGGUGAAAUGUGUCCUGGUGCUGCAUCUCAUCAGUGCUGCGUUUGCCACGGCUGCCCUGGGUCUAAUGUCCAAACACCUCCCCUACCGCCAGGACUCUUACCACUGCGAACACUGCCGUAAACUGGAGCUACAUGCUGUGCAACAUUGUUUCAGGAAAUGCACCGGGCUGAUCGAGCAAAAGUGUAAACUAUUGAUUGAUGGGAUUCUGGGAACACUAGUGAUCUUCUUGGUGCUUGAGCUGCUAAUCUGCAUCACUGCCAUGCUGUUUGGACUCAGUGUCCUAGCUGCUGGUGGCAGCCAGGCUCCCAGCCCGAGACCUGUCUAUCCACAAACUCGCCCCCCACCUGUUCCAGCUGUGCAGGCUGUUCAAGCCACUCAAGCUGUUCCAGCUGCAGCUGCAGCUGAGCCAUCUCAGCAGGUGGCUGUAGUUGUGACAGAACCAGAUUCAGAACAGGUGGAGGAGAUUUCCACUCCACCCACUGAACCCCAGGUGGAGCCAAUGGAGUCUGUGGCCUCAGAACCCUGAACACAGCACACAUUGCUCACUGUGGUGUCAUGUCAGUCGCAAGAGGUGGAGGAAAUUUGAAUGUCAACAGGGAAACCAUAUUCCAUAUGUUGUGCAUUUGAAGAAUAAAUGUUUUACAUCUUUCUGGCAUGUCAUGAACACAGUAUCAGUGUCAGCACUGCUGUACCUACAGUGUAGUAUGUUGUAGUUGUGAAAUGGAUCAAUGUUAUAACUAAUGUUGACAUAUUCUUGAAAAAUUAAGCCACUCCAGUAUAAGCAGAUUCAAUAUGUAACCUGAUACUAUUUUUAAAACCUCUGACCUGAUGUGUCUGACUGUUAAAGUUACAUAUUUUUGUUGCUGUUUGACUGUAAAUUUUUAUUCAGCCUAAGCCAUUUGAAAGUGGUCUAAAGGCCACUACAAACCUAUUGAAUGAAAAAGUACUACAGCAGCUGAUCUACUGUUAGCUAUCCAUUCAUUGUUGAAUUGAAUGUUAGGUUAUCAAAACUUUAAUUGAUUUUGUACAUAUGAUGGAAUAAAGCUGUGAACUAUAAAGAAAAAAAGUGGCUAGUAUCAGAGUUGCAGAAGCAAAGAUUUUAGCCCAUUGUACUGUAUGUGUCAAGCUCUAAAAACAUCAAAUAUAAUGCUGUCUUAGACUGUCCCAGCCUGGUAAAUAACCCCUCUUGCUCUGCUUGUAACUCAGGGUUGCUGGUAUCUAAGCUCCAGCUGCUACUGCACUGAAAUGUUCUGCAGUGAGAACUCAGAGAGAAAUGUCUCUAAAAAUAUCCUCGUGAUAAUGGCUGUACUCAUCAUUGUUUUUAGCAAAUUGGGCACAAAGAUGAGGUUUUCAUAAAAUGCAAGCAGAUGGAACUCGUGACGAUACAAAUCCUGAAGUCCAGACCACAGACGUGUAGCCGCAGUUACUUUUGUAGCUCAAAUGUACCUGACACUGCUUUCAUGUAUGGCUUGUUAGUAUUGUUUAUGGAAACACUGGAUUAACUGUAAAUGUAUGAAGAUUUUAA